AUGACCACCACCACAACAACAAUCACUACGACGUCACUGGUUUCGGCGUCCGACGAAAAGUCGGUGCCCACGCAACGCCACCCUUACCAAAGCGAUGGGCCCAUUGUGGAGGAUGUGUCGACUUCAUCGACCGACCUCGACACGGUGCCCCUCGAUCGAGAGCCCGAGGACGCUCGCGACUAUCCCGAUGGCGGCUAUGGCUGGAUCAUUGUGCUAUGCGGGUUUCUGCUCAACUUUUCGACGUGGGGCGUCAACACUGCCUUUGGCAUCUACUUCAGCUUUGACCUCGAGGACAACUACUUUCCGGGCGCCAAGGACCUCGACUUUGCGUUUAUCGGCUCGCUGUCGCUGAGUCUUGCGCUGGCCGUGGCUCCCUUGAGCAAUUUCCUCGCGAGGACGUACCACUGGCGCUACUCGCUCGUCCUGGGGACCGUGUGCGUCGUGGCGGGCCAGAUCCUCGCCGGGUUCAGCAAGCAGAUCUGGCAGCUGUACCUCACGCAAGGUAUCCUCUUUGCCGUUGGACUGGGUCUCACGAUGGUCGUGUCUGGCCCGAUCGUCACGCAGUGGUUCGGCAUGAAGCGCGCCUUUGCCGUCGGCCUCGUGUCUGCGGGCAGCGGUGGCGGAGCGCUGUUCUAUUCGAACAUUACCCGCCUGUCGCUUCAGUCCGUCGGCCGUCAGUGGGCUUGUGUGAUCAAUGGCUGCAUUUCUGCUGCGGCACUCUUGCCGUCGAUCUUGUUCUUCAAAAGUAGGUUGUUCCCUGCCUUUGUGUCCAACCACUCACACCACUCAGCGCGCUCUACCAAACUGAAAGUGCGCUUUCGCGCGUUCCAAGUAUCCUUCUACCGCAACCCAGGCUUCAUCUGCAUGUGCCUAUGGGGCACAUUCAUCUCAUUCGCAUACGCUAUUUGCAUCUACUCGAUUCCCAUCUACGCAGUCCAAGGUCUCGGCCUCACGCAAAAGGACGGGUCCACAUUACAGUCCUUGGUCGCUGUUGGCCAACUGGUCGGUCGACCGUCCAUGGGAUUCGUCCUCGACCGCGUGGGCCGCUUCAACGGCGCCAUCGCGACCACCAUGUUUGCGUCGAUCGCGUGUCUGGCCGUGUGGCUGGUGGCCGACUCGUUUGCCGUGCUGGCUGUCGCGUCCCUCUUCCUGGGCGCCAGUACGGGCGUGUUCUGGUCCACCUGCCAGGCGCUCCUGACCGACCUCGUCGGGAUCCGCGACAUGGCCAGUGCGCUGUCGGUGCUGUGGUUCAGCAUCGUCGCGCCCGCGACAGUCUCGCAGCCCAUCGCCAUCUGGUUGAUAAACUACUCGCGGGAUAAACUCCACCGCACGGGCACGGCGGCCUUUCAAUACGCCAUCGUGUUUGCAGGUGUGUCGUACUUUGCCGCCGCGGUGUCGCUGUAUGGCACCAAGCGGUAUAGGCAAGGCGACUGGAAGUUGUUUAGAAAGUUUUAA